UUCUAUCGCAAGCCGAGCCCGCGAAGUCGCCGCACGAUAAACCGCGCGCUUCAUUGCAAAGGCAAGGCAAACGCCAUCCGCGGACACCCAACCCCGUGCAGGCCGCUACGCGAUGGACGCCACCGGCCGGCCCAGAUGCACUGCCUUCUUUCUGGUUGGGGCGCGGAUUUCGGUGCUCGCCCUGCUGCUGGUAUUGCUGUCCAAAACCGCCGUGGAAGCUGUCUCUUGCAAGGACGAGCAUAACCAGGAUGUGGAGUGGUUCUUCAUGUACAAAAUGCCUAAGGAGGCGUCACGUGCCGCCUCGGUGGCCUUCAACAAGGCUUCCACGUCACCGAGGGGCGGCGAGGAGUACUUCUACGUAGAUGCACGGACGCCGGCGUCCACGUCUCGAUGGCCACGGUCGGAGCACUCGGUGGCCGAGGCCGCCGGAGCGCUGGCCAACACCCUGGCACCACUUUACGCGAUGAAUAAGUCCGGCCUGAACUUGGCCUACGCGACGUACAACGACCAGCCUCCGACAGGCACUGACGGUGCCACUGUCGACAGUCAUGGUCACACGAAAGGCGUUAUCCUAUUCGACGAGCAGCAGGGCGUGUGGCUGGUCCACAGUGUGCCGGAUUUUCCGGGCUCCCUGCACAGCGGACACUACGAGUUCCCCGACACCGGCCGCGAGUACGGACAAGUGGCGCUGUGCGUCACAUUCCCAACGACCCAGCUGGACACAAUCGCAACGCAUCUCCGUCUCCAGCAUCCCGACAUCUACGACAGCUACGCCCCGCAGAGCCUUCUCACCGCGCACCCUCCGUUGGCGCUACUGCUGCAGAAGAGGUUCAUCCACACACAGCCGUGGCUGCUCACCGCCAAACUGGUCACCCAGGGAAACGCCACGUUCGUCAGCUUCGCCAAACACGGGCAGUACGAACAGGACGUCUACGAGACGGCCGUGGGCGUCACUCUCGGGAAGGACGUACUGGUCUCUACGUGGCGGAACGGUCGUGGCGGCAAGCUACCGCCGGCCUGCAACGGCGUCGCCGGUCCGCGGGUGCUGGACGUGUUGCAGAUGCGCUUCGACCAGGCCUCGAGCAACGCCUCGCUGGCCUUCGACAACACCGAGGACCACAGCAAGUGGGCCGUUUCCCUGCCCGGCAAGACGUGGACGCACGACAAGGCAGAGGAGAGCGGAGGGAACAGCGACGUGGGCUACGUGUGCAUAGGCACGCUCAACCGAAUGCAAUCUCAACUGCGAAGAGGCGGCGAAACCCUGUGCUUCCGCAACGCUAUGCUCCAUGGUUUGCUCCUCAACAGCGUCGUCUCGCACGACACCUGUCCGAGGAACACCGCGGCCGCCUGAUUGUGCAGCGACGAACGUUUACUAUGACACACAC